AUGUCUCUCAACAGUGCAAUUUCACAUUCAACAAACAGUUCAUGGUUCAGCAGAGGCAGUGCUGAUUCCCGAUCAGUAUCAGGAAGAAGUCAGCUGCAUUGGAAGAAGUUCCGGAAGGAGGUCCUAGCACCACAUCACAUUCGCAUAGUCGACAGCCUAGCCAACGAGACGAUCCCGGAAUCCAUCUGCACUUGGAUCGAGGCCAAUCGCAAGAAUGUCGACCGCUUCACCAAACAAAGGCAAAAGUUUCGGAAAUUGGUAGCUAAUGGACGUGGUUUUGGUUCUUCAGCUCUCUUUCCACAAGAGGUCUUACCUUCAAACGACGCUCGACCAUUCCUCUCAAGAUGUAUGGUGCCCUCAUUGCCUGGAGAUGCACUCCCAGAAAAGGUGGUUGGUAAAGCAGGCUCGGCUAUUCAGAGGAGCUUCCUUUCCGCACCACGACCCGGCUUGGGUUGCGGCUUCUCAAGCUCUGCAUUUGCUCCGGAAGAGAUCAAAUGUAUGCCAACACACAUGCUCGCCACUGGCACCACAGUGCAUUUCGAUACAGGUUCCAUCUCCUCAGGUACAGCUUUGUACUGCCCUUUCUUCAGCUAUGAACGCGUCUUCAGCCAACAGAGUUAUGGAUUUGAGAUAGCAGCCAACCAGUGCGCUAUUGAUGGUGCUUGGUCGGUUCGUGCCAUGCAAAUGUUGUAUGCAAAGGCGUCCGAAGACGAUCGAGAUACUGCCGAGUCCUUCCUUCGUCCUAUUGCGUUUACUUGUGCCAUCGACAACGACAUUGCCAUCAUCAACUACCACUGGGUCGACCAUGCACAAACGUAUUGCAUGGCACCUGUAGUCAGGUUCGAGCUUGCGAACGACAGUCACUUUGAUCAAUUUCUGUUAUGGUCCGAAGCAAUCGGUCAGUGGGCUCUUACACAUCUUCUGCCUGAAGUGAAGAAGGCAAUCAGCCUGCUUGGUGACUAUGUUUCAGGCUUGCCUGCACUUUACAGUUCUUUGGAGAAGCUUGAGCCCAAGAGUUCGCAGGAAGAGCAAGCCCUAGUUUCAGCAUUGAAACUCUCUUACGACAAUAUUCCCUGGCGGCUAGACAGUGAUGCUGGCUCUCCAGUCAGUAGCAGUACGGCCAGCUGGGGUAGUCCCAUGAUCAACGAGGCAAUAUUUGCAAAGUUUGAAUACCCGCUUAUUCCACAGCCGAGCAUGCUUCCGCCACUACCAGCGCUACCAACAGUACCACCUGCCCUAGCUGGACGUGCCAAAGCGCCAGGUAGUGUCUGCUCGGAUUCGAAAGUCAUGCCCAAAGGUGUUCGUUUUGCAGGUAUCAAGCCAAGCAAGGAACAACCAAAUCUGAAUCCAGGAGCCUACGCUCAAAACACAGACCUUGUGGUCACGAAAAGACUCGGUUAUGCCUUGGACGAAAUCCAGGAUUUGCAAGCUCAAUUGAUGCACCUCAAACAAGAAAUCAGUGGGUCGACGUCAUGUCUGCAGAACGAGCUCUCCGGCUUGCGAAAAACUAUGACCUGUGUCAUUCGCAAAGAGAAAAUGGGUUCCAAGCCGCGGUCGCCAAUUCAGACGACUAUCAAUCACCAAGCGUUCGUACAAAGUGAACAUCGACUCAAUCUAAGACAUGGUGUCUCUGUGGUGACCACACCGACUGACCCGAAAGCUCGGCCUGUUCACUGGCCGUCACCAAGUCCGAAAGUCAGGACGCCAUCUGGAUUGCAGAAUGUCUUGAGUCUUGACACGAACGUGGAAGCAGUGAGUAUCAGCAGUGCCACGAGCUUCCAUUCUCCUCAAUGCAGUGCUCCGAUCAAAAUGGCACAAUCACCUAUAACGAUUUUUUCUCCGACGAUCUUCAAUAUCGCUUCGCCAGAGGAGACCGAAGAACAGUAUGGAGCGAUGAUCCGAGUGCCAAAUCAGCAGCGAAAUGUCUGGUCGCACGUCGCUGCCACGCAUAUAAUCAGUGCUCUCGUUCCUGCGACAAUGUUGAGAAUCUUGUUCCUAGGCUGUUUGUUGGACUACUGUAUGAUGUCGAUGUCGGGUGGCCCACAAGUAAGCAUUACGCAGUAUCUGUCAAACGUGCUUGAAAGUGGCGUGUUCUGA